AUGCUAACUUAUGUUUUGGAUCAGAAUGACACCGAGACGCAGACGUGGCCCACAAGUGGAGAACAAUGUUUAGGAACGGUCCGAGGGAAGUGUUGGGAAUCAACCCCCGUCUCCACCACCACCCCACCUCAACCUCAAGAGAAAGAAUACAUUAAGGCCUUUCGAAAGGAAAACCCUCCAAAGUUUGACGAACUGGGAGAGCCCCCGAAGGUAGAAGCUUGGAUACGCGACCUCGAGCGUAUUUUUUAUUUCAUGAGAUGCACCGAUAGGGAACGCCUGGCUUGCGUGACUUAUCAACUGACUGGGCCUGCUGAUUUUUGGUGGGAAACUAAACGAAGAACUAUGAACCCUGCUCGCCAUGAGGCGCUAACAUGGGAAGAAUUCAAGGAAGAGGUGUACGACAAGUACAUUCCCAUAAGCUAUAGAUGGGCGAAGAUAGUGGAGUUCCACACCCUAAAACAGGGAAACAUGACGGUGACGGAAUACGACCGUGCUCUUUGUGAGAUGACCCGUUACGCGCCAGAAUUGGUGGACACAGAUGAGAAGAUGGCCGCAAAAUUUUGUUCUGGCCUUAGACUCGAGAUAAGAGUAGCCGUGGCUAGCCAUAGAGGAAUUCCUUAUUCCGAGAUUUUGAGUUGCACCUUAGAUGUGGAAGAGGCACUGCCCAAGAACGAGAGGGUAGCAAAUCCUACACCAACCACGCCACAACCAAACUAUCGAGAUAAGGGGAAGUGGGAAGGUAACCGAGUCCCUUAUGACAACAAGCGACACCAUUCCACUUUCCGCCAUUCGCAGGACUAUGGCCAUCAAGUCGUGCCACAAUAG